UUUUAUUACAUACCUAGUCUUCAGAAGCAUAAACAGGGUUCUUCUCCUGUUGACAAUCCCUAUAAAUUAAUUAAAAUACAUUUAACCUCGCCUGCAUACUUUUUCCGGGGUGCCCUGGCGGAUAUAUCGAGUGCAACCUGAGAAGCAGAAGUAGGCUAGCAGAGUACGGGAGGUUUGACAAUAUUUUCACAGAAUGGCAGACGACUCCUUGUUUGAGUUUCUCCAUAUGGAGAUUGUUUCGCACAUUUUCAACGAACAGCAGUCGAAUAAAGGAGAGCUGGACAACAAGGACAGAGCGGCAUGUAUAUCUCUCUUAGAAGCGAUGGGGUUCAGGGUGGGACAAGGUCUCAUUGAGAGACUGACACGAGACACCCCCAGCUUUAAGGAUGAGUUGGAUAUUAUGAAGUUUAUUUGUAAAGACUUCUGGACUAAGGUGUUUAGGAGACAAGUGGAUAACCUCCGGACAAACCAUCAGGGGACCUAUGUUCUACAGGACAACAAGUUUACUUUACUGACUCAGUUUUCCGGUGGGAAACAGUAUCUGGAUCAGGCCCCCAAGUAUCUUGCUUUUUCUUGUGGUGUGGUGAGAGGAGCUCUGUCUAACCUUGGGCUGGAGAGUGUGGUGACAGCUGAGGUCUCCAUCAUGCCUUCAUGUAAGUUUCAGGUGGUCAUCCAGAAGCUGUGAUGCGGUUGCCUGGGUUAGCCCGGUACACAUAAAUGGUGCCAACGUGUUGGGAGGAAUGUACCUGUAUUUCCACUGAUCAUACCGGACAUUGAAAUACAUGAUCACAAAUGGGUCAAGUGGGUGAUGGAUGGGUCAACUCAGAUCCUCCAAAACAUUGUUUGGACUUCAACAGCCCACUUUGGAGGCUCUUCAGUUCACUUUUGGUUUUGUGCAUUUUCUUUUCUCCUCUUUUUUUCAUUUUUGAAAUGCUUGUCCAUUUAAAAUGAGUAAUAUAAAAAGUUAUCAGUUCUUAAAAGUAUUUGAUUGAUCAGCUAAAUGUUAGAACAAUUUAUCCAGUGCAAAUGUCUGACUAAAUCUGUCUAAACAUUCAUAAUUUGUAGAGGUUGCUUCAAUGAACUAACUGGGAAACCCUUGCUUGGGAACAAAAUUGCUUGACCUAAAUAUUAAACGUAAAGUGUUGCUUAUCAGCAGAUGUGGUGAAAAAGCAAACUAAAAGUCAAUUUUAUAACUAGUGUGUCAGAAAUUGCUCCUAUAUUUUGUUCCUUGAUUGUCAAAGUUAAUGUCCUAAACUUGCAUCAUGUUUAUUUCACUUGAAUUUCCAAUGAAGCUUAAACAGCAAAUUGUUUGCUAAAUGUUGAUUUCUGUAUGUGCCCAGUGAUCAUAAAGUUUGUGAACAGAACAGGUAUAAAAAAUAAAAAAAAACACAUGGGAGAACUGCA